CUCAUGCAAGCCUCUUCUUAACUCUUUAAGCCUCUUCCUCUUCUUCUUCUUCUACUACUACUACUUCAUCUUUUUCUUUUCUUCUCUGUUCUCUCAUUUCUCCCAAAACAGUUACUAAUAUCACUUCCCCACUCUCUUCUCCAUGGCUUCACUCCAAGCAUCCCCGCCUCUCAAAGCACUUGUUGUCUUUCGAAACCGCAUUCACAAAGAGCUGAUCAGGAGUAUUCAUGUGUACCAAUUGGAGGGAGGGGCAGAGGAGGUCGUAGAGAGGGAGUAUCUGUUUCUUGAGAAUCUUGAAUAUGAGGAGAUGAAGUUCCUUGGCAAAGUUUUCACCCUGCAGAAAUUUGAUGUCUCAGCACAUUUUGCAGGGAUGGCUAAUGGUGUUUGGGAUUGCAUUUAUGUGUUUAACAUGGACUUAGACAAGCAGCCUAAUCUGGAAAUGAUUCCGGAGGAUUUGUCAAUUACUAGAAACCCUAAGCUGGCAUCAAUCCCGUCCUUGUCAAAUGAUCUUCAAAUGAUCUUCAAAUUGGGACACAAAAUAGAAUGUGGAGAUCCAUCAAAAGUUUUACCUAAGGAAGGAGAGGAAAUUCACAGUGAUGUUGGUCAUCUUACUCAAAGGGCUCAGCAUGUGCCUGUGUUGGAUCUUAACUCACUUCCGUGUUCUGGAUCUGAUAAUGAAGAGAAUAACCAGAAUGCAGCAGGUGUAGUAGAGAAGAAGCAAAAGAGGGCUGCAACCAAAGAUAUAGCAAGACUUGCAUUGGAAGAUCUUGCCAAGUACUUUGAUCUUCCAAUUAUUGAAGCUUCAAAGAAUCUUAAAGUUGGUCUUACAGUACUCAAGAAGAAGUGCAGAGAAUUUGGUAUUCCUCGUUGGCCACAUCGAAAGAUCAAAUCCCUUGAUAGUCUGAUUCAGGACCUCCAGGGAGAGGUGAAAAGGCAGCUGGAGGAGGAUGAAGCUGCAGCAAUGGCAGUGGCAAAAAGGCAGCGAAUGAUAGAAAGUGAAAAAGAAAGCAUAGAGAAGAAGCCCUUCUUGGACAUACAGUGGGAAACCAAAAAGUUCAGGCAAGAUAUCUUUAAGAGAAGGCAUAGGGCUAGAGCUCUUGAAAACCAAUCUCGAACAUUAUCCUUGCUUUAGAGCAUGAAAUACAAUUAGGGAUUAAAGCAACAAGGAAUCAUCAUAUGGAAACUGUAAAAAUAUCUCUCACCAUAUGCCCUGCUUUUUGAUACUAAGGUUCAACUUAACUUAAACUUUUAUUCCAUCUUAGAGUUUGAUCAUUUUGGAAUAUA